UCUAUACAUUAACAAAAUAAAAAAGCUGCAAGCUAAUUUAGUAGUUGUGCAACUGAUGUGCGUUCAGGCCUUUGUUUUGUUUUUGAUAGUUUUUUCCUGGUUUUCGCUAAUGGUUCCUUCAUUUAUUUCUAGUAAUUAACGCACUUUUAUAAUUUGAAGCUAAACAUAUUAUGGAGCCUUGUGAAAAACUUCAUGUUCUGAUUGGAUGUACAGGAAGUGUAGCCAGUAUAAAGUUACCUGAACUUUUAAAGAGCCUUUUAAAACAAGCAAUUGAUGGUAGACAUAUGGAAUUAAAGGUGAUAGCCACAAAACAUGCUUUCCACUUCAUACCCAUGAAAGAAAUGCCCGAAAAUGUCCCAGUUUAUUCAGAUGAUGAUGAAUGGGCUACCUGGAAAGAAAUGUCCGAUCCAGUUCUUCAUAUCCAACUACGGCGUUGGGCUGAUGCUCUUAUUGUAGCCCCACUAGAUGCUAAUACUUUGGCUAAAAUGGCUAAUGGCAUAUGUGACAAUCUUCUCACGUGCACCAUCAGAGCUUGGGAUCGCCUAAAACCACUGUUUUUCUGUCCUGCCAUGAACACAUACAUGUGGGACCACCCACUUACGGCAAAACAUGUCAAAACUUUAAAAGAGUUGGGUUAUUUUGAGAUACCUUGUGUUGCCAAAAGAUUGGCUUGCGGUGAUGUUGGUUAUGGUGGUAUGGCAGAAGUUGGGACAAUAGUUAAUGAAGUUGUGACUCGAAUGUUCAGUUGUUGAAGUUGUUUUUCUGAAGCGAAAAUUUAUAUAGAUUUUAUACAAUGAUGUUUUUUUAGUACAUUUUGAGAUUUUAUAUGGUUUUUUAUAAUGUGAAUCAUGUUAUCCUUACUUUGUAUUUGCAGCUGUAUUAUCAGUAUGUAUUUAACAUUUUCAAAGUUUAUGAUUAUGAUUUGUGUAAAAAUGUGUCUAUAUUUCUCUAAUAUAGAUAAUGUAUACAAGUAUAUUUAUUUUAACUCGUGUUUAUUCAUAUAUGUUUCUUAUUACUAUGAAACCUCAGUAAAGGGGACACCUUCAGGACUUAAGAUGUUCAAUUAGGAGACCCUGUACAAACCCUCAGAACUGAAAAUGGUUCAUUUAGACGAUCAACAAGCUUAUUGAGAUGCAUAAAGUUCUAAAAUGUUUUAUUUAAAUUAACAUAAUGAUUAAAAAAAAUUUAGAAUGAGAAACAAGGAAAGGCAUUAAUAUUUAUUUAAACUUUAUAAAUUAAAAUGAGUAAUAUGGAAAGAGAAUAGCUAAGAGUACAAGCUACUAAGUACUACUAGCUUAAUUCAUUUACCAUAUAUCCAACAAGAUAAAAAGAUCUGCUAAAAGUUUAUUUUAAAUUAUUUACCUUGACAAUUCUUUGAGACAAUUUCUAUAAUGUUUGGUGUCCAUUGGGUUGGAAUGUUCACAAGCUGAGGUUUCUCCGUAUUUAUCAUAGUGUUUUUGAAAUGUAAACUUAUAGGAUUGUAUUAUUCAUUUUUGUUUAUCUCUUUAGCUGUUCGCUAAAUUCUUAUUUUAUGUUUAUUGUACCUGAUUUAGUUUUCUGUUGUUCUGUUUCUUUUUAACUUUCACUUUUAUUUUUUCAUGAGUACUGAUAAGAAUUGUAUGCAAAUAUCAAUUAUAAGAUUAUUAUUGGGAAGACAUUUUACAUGGAUUGUUUAGAAUAUCUUGAAACAAGAUAUCAUUUUUCUAGGUUCAAUUUUUAAAAUUGUUUCUUUUAAAAACUGCCAACUAAGUGCCAUAUAUAAUAUUUAAUUGUCUAUAACUGAAUAUAUGUAUCUGUUGUUAUGAGAAUAAGAAUAUAUAUUUAUUAUAAAUAAUGUAUGAAUAAAAUAAAUAAAUAUUUUAAAGGUA